AUGUCCGCGUCCGCAAAGAGAAGACUCACAGCACUCUCUGAGCAGCUCGUGAAACCAAUUGGAGAUCAAGGAACCUUUGAAAAUCUCCCAAUCCUCAAGAAAAUUGCACCAGACUCAACGGGCCCGAGAGUGAAGGGCAAAGUAGUCAUUGUGACAGGAACCAAUAGUCCUUUGGGAAUCGGACGAGCAUCAGCACAUCAAUUUGCGCAGAAUGGCGCAAGAGCAGUGUACAUAUGCGAUUACAACGAUUCAAACCUCGAAACGCAUAGUAGGGAACUUGCAUCGUUAUACCCUGACGUUAAAGUACAUACGCGAAAGUUUGAUGCGGCAGAUGAACAGUCUGUGAAGGAGGUCGUCGAUCAUGCGGUGAAAACUUAUGGAAGAUUAGAUAUCUUCUUUGCGAAUGCGGGGGUUUUGGGCACAAAUAAACUAUUUACGGAUAUUUCUGCAGAUGAGUUUUUGGCUACUUUACGGACAAAUGUUGUCAGUGUAGCUAUGGCGGCCAGAUAUUCGGCACCAGCCAUGAUGUUAACAUCAGAGGACAAGAAAUACCCAUCAGGUAGUAUAAUUGCCACAGCCUCAGUCGCCGGUCUCCGCUCCAACGCAGGUUCAAGCGAUUACUCGGCCUCUAAAGCCAGUGUAGUCUCCUUAGCUCAAACGAUAUCCUAUCAGCUGGCUGGUACUGGAAUUCGCGUCAACGCAAUCUGUCCUGGCGUGAUUGAAACGGGUAUGACAGCUCCGAUGUAUGAUGCUGCAAGAGCCAGGGGCUCGGAGAAGAAGAUUGGUCAGUUGAAUCCUUUGGGAAGAGGUGCGCAUGCGGAUGAAGUUGCGAGGGUAGCGUUAUUUUUAGGGAGUGAGGAGAGUAGUUAUGUGAAUGGUCAGGCGUGGGCAGUUGAUGGUGGGCUUAGUGCUGGGCAUCCUUUUGUUCCCGGAAAGUUGGGUUGA